AUGAAGCAACAACCUGAAAAUGCAAACGGCAAACUCGUUAACAAGCACAGGCACACGUUCGCCAAGGAUAUCAAGUUUGAGUGCCCACAUCUCAUUGGCGCGGCCUAUGUUACUAAUUACGAGGAUACAACAAUCCUUGCACCAUAUAAAUACCAUGUGUCUCAGUGCUUUAACAAGCAGUUGAAGCAUAUUCUGAUCGACACUAAGCACGUUUCCGGCCCUAUUCUCCGCGACAGGAUGGCGCGCCCAAUUGAGAGCUUCUUUGGCGCAUACCCUGAGGGCUACAGUUUUGGCGACAAGGAACUAAAUUAUAAUUCUGUAGCCGAGCCAGUAAACCAUUUUGGGGCUUUUGUUGAGAUGUUCCAGUCUUUAAAUCCCAACAAGGCUGUGAAGACAAUUUCACUCUUUCCGAUGAGGACGUCUAUUGUAUCGGGGUUUACUACAAUCGACAAGACCAUUCUUGCAAAGUUUAUUCUGUCCGUCAUAAAGAGCCGACUCAGAGCGCUGCACAAGGCUAGUCUUUGCUUGGAUAUUGGGUUCCCCAAGAUUCCGCCUAUGAGUGAGCUUUUAGUCAAGCCGCUAGAGGAAAUUUACAACAGCAAUGCCGGAAAACUUGCCAAUGUUGUGCCCCACAGUAAGAAGACUCCUCCCGAGUAG